ACGAGUCAGAAAGUACUCUUAAAUCUUGUGUUGAUUAAUAUCAUUUAGAUUUAGGUAUAACAUCUAUUAUUGUCUACUUGAAGCUUUAAAAAAAGUGAAUGGAUUCUAAAUAUGUUGCAAUCCAGUCUGACAUCUCUGGAGUCCAUGGCAACAUGUCAAUCUGUGAACAGGGAAGAUUUGUUAUUAGCGCCAUCUACUGGUGAAAAACAACAUUUAAUGUGAAGAGGAAAAGUUAUUCUCUCUCUCUCUCUCUCUCUCUCUCUCUCUCUCUCUCUCUCUCUCUCUCUCUCUCUCUCUCUCUAUGUAAAAGCGGAUACCAGCCUUAAUUAACUAUUCAUCCUAGUCUUAGUACAAACAAGAAAUAAUUAGAAUAUUACAAAAAAUGUUUUGUUGAUAGUCACUACUAUUUUUGAGUGAAAUGAGAGAAUAGUUUAGCUUCCUCAUAUACAAUAACACUACUACUACUACUACUACUACUACUAAUAAUAAUAAUAAUACGAAAUAACAGAUAUAGAAUAAAUAGAUACAGAAUCAAUAAUAUGAGACAAGUAAAUAAGUAAAAAAACCAACAAAUGAAUAAAUAAAUCAAUAUUUUCAAGUCCAAACUCUCAACAGCUUAAUUUUUUUAAAAACAUAUUUUAAAAAUUACGAUAAUGUACACAAAACCAUCUAAAACAAUACAUGUUGUAUGAAUAUAGUAUACAUUAUUAUAAAUAAUUUUUUUAAUACAAAGCAAUCAAAAACAAGCAAAAAAUACAAACAAACAAACAAACAAAUAAAUAAAUAAAUAAAAUCCAAACUCUCAAAGUCUGUUAAAUAUAUAAAGUAUUUACAAUAAAGCAUGCAAAGCCAUCUACAUACAUAGAUAAUUUAUAUCUAUAUAUUAUAUAUCACAAACAAACAAACAAACAAAUAAAUAAAUAAAUCAGAGUCCAAACUCUCAAAGUGUGUUACAUAUAUUAAAAAAAAUUGAUAAUGAUAAAAAUAUCUCCAAUCAUUAAUGAAGGAACUAUUAUGACCAAUCUGUUAAAUGUUAGUUCACAGCAACUCCGAUCAGGACAAAGCAAUUAUUAAAGAUUAAAGCUGCAAGAAGCUGCAUAUAAAUGCAGAGGAAUAGGAACCUCAGAGGAACCUCACACAGAAGGUUGUGGGAGACGGUACUGCUUGUUCUCACAAGCUGGAUUAACAUUUACAAACAUUUACAAACAUUUACACUCUGUUAGGUACAUGGAUGGUGGUUUGUAAGAACAAAAUUACACUCAGAAACAGAACCAUGUAGACAAACUGAGGCAGACUGUGUCAGGUUCAGAUGUGUACAGCAGCUAGAGAAGAAAAUGGACACACACACACACACACACACACAUUUUCAGCAGCCCGUGUGAAGAGGAAAAGAGGGUUGCAGCUAGGCUUCAUCCUUAAAGUCAGUCCCUAAUCCCCCGGUCUAAUCUGGUCACUGGGUCACUAGAGUGCUGCCUAAUAAUCAUUCCAUGUCUCUGUCCUUCUUCUACACACUCUCUAUUUCAUCAUCAAACACAAUCAUGGCAACCUCAAGACACUUCAUCUGCUCAGUGCUUGUAGUGAGCAUAAGCCUCGCAGCAGCGUAUGUUGAAGAACUCGACGACAGAUUUAAUGAGAUGCGUAGGAGUGAGCCCUGGCUGGUGGAAUUUUAUGCUCCGUGGUGUGAAUAUUGUAAAACAUUCGAGCCGAUAUGGUACGAAGUUGCAGCCGAGCUGAAGAGUCAGGGCUCUCACAUCAAUGUGGGCAAACUUGACACCACUGUCUACACCGAUGCUGUCACAGAGUUAAAAAUUCGUGGAUAUCCAUCUAUAAUUUUUAUAAAAGGAGAUAAGUAUUUUCACUACAACGGCCAGAAGACAAAAGAUGCCAUCCUUGAAUUCACCUACAGAGUUUCUGGUCCCUCUGUGCGAGCUCUGACCAGCGUACAGCUCUUCCAGCACGUCCUGAGUCGCCAUCAGCUUUUCUUUGUUUACGUCGGAGGGAGGUCACCGCUUAAGGGACAGUUUUAUAAAGUGGCAUCUGAAUUUCUCAUCCACAACUAUUUUUUCUCAGCCACCGUGGACGUUUUACCGCAGGCAGUCACAUUGCAAGACGUUCCCUCUGUCGUGGUGUUCAAAGACGGAGCUUAUGACAUCUACAACGAGGUACGCGACGGCAAUCUUUCCUCCUGGGUGGACCGAGAGCGUUUUCCUCGUUAUUUCCUGAUGGACAGCUUCUCCUUGUACCAGAUGGGUGAACGAACUAAACUUGUAGCUGUAGCUGUGGUGGAUGAGAAAAACCCAUCUGCAGAAAGUAGUCGUUAUAAGAGCCUUGUGGAAAAGGUGGCCACAGAAUACAGCGACCAGUACAGCAUGAACUUCCAGUUUGGCUACGUGGAUGGAAACGACUACAUCAAUGGCGUCAUAAUGGGCGAGUUGCCAGUGCCUUCUCUGAUUGUGAUGAACAUGUCCAUUGAUGGAUAUUAUCUACCUGGAUAUACGGUUGAGACCAUUGAAGAUCUUCUCCAGUUCCUCAAUAGCAUCCUGACUGGAAGAUCUGAGUUACUCGGAGGGAACGGAUUCCUGCGGCGGAUAAAGAGACUUUAUUAUCGUGCAACAUCUGCUUUAAAGACGAGUUUCGCAUCAGCUCCCUUCGGUACAUGUUUUCUUAUUUCCUUGCCGUUGGUCGUGAUUGGAUUCAUCGUCAUGGGAAUCUGCACGGCUGAGAGGGUGGAUGAUGAAAAGGCAGAUGAUGGCACUCGUUCUGCGGUCACUCACAGGAAGAAAGCAGCAGUGAAACACUCUGAAGCCAAGAAAAAAGAUUAACGUGACCACAAUCAUUACAGUGGUUCCCAGCCCUGGUACUCGACUGCCAUUACUAUGAACAUUUUACUGUUUUCUCUGCUCUAACACACACACACACACACACACAUAUACACUGACUCAGCAAAGGGCUGUUAGUUAGACAAAUUAGUUUAAUUAACUGUGUUAAAGCAAAUAACUCAGUGAAAUAGGCAACAUGGUUGUUGGUAUUAUGAUGUUAAAAUUCAUUAAUAAUUUAUGGAAACUCAAAUGUUCAAAUUAUAAUAAUAAAAACUCACGUAAUUAAUUAUUUGUAAUUUGUAAUGCAUUUUGUAACACUGUUCUGACUAACAGCACAAAUGCUGGGGUUGUCAGGGAAGUAUCAUGUUUAAUCAUCAUGUGUAAGGAAGUAAGGAAUAAGAAAGGAAUAAAACACACUGAGUCAUGAUGAUAUAGGAAAACAAUCAAGGCCAGGGUGGUAUUUUUUUUAAAUAACAGCACAGACUGAAGUGUUUUAUUCCUCUAAAACCACAGGAAUUUGCCAAACACUAGCAUGUUUUAUUUAAGAGCAAUGCAUCAUACUUUUUUUAUCCAUUUGUAGUUACAUUUAAUGUUGUAGAACAACCACAAAACGACUUGUUUCCUGUUCCGUUUUGCUUUUUUGGUCACAACUCUCUGGUUAACUUACAAGCCACUUUAGAGGCUAACGUUAUUAUUUUAACAUUAUGAUGUGGCUUGUAAAAAGUAAUGUUUUAUUAUACUGUAUAUAACUCACACAAACAGUGUGUUACAAACUACCUUCUUAUUACGGAGAAUAUGAAACACACUGGAGGCAGUUUUGAAAGUUAAGGAUGGAAAUACAUAUUAUUAAAGCAUUUAAAUCCCAUUUAUAAUGGAAUAUGCAAAUUUUUGAACUGAUAUUUGUUUUUUUUUCUUUUAAUAUCUAAUCCUAUGCUAUCUGAUACAAUUUGAUCACUAUUUGUCUCCUGUAAUAAAGACGGAACAUUUGUGAAGCCAAAAACACACUGAGAAAUGUUGCUAACUUACAAAUUUAAUUUCUUUGGCUUCCUUACUUUUGUCCUAGGGGUGCGCAAACCUUUGCCCUCAGCUUUUUAAUGUACAAUUUAUAGUUAAACACUUGAUCUUUUUGUCUAUGUGUAUAAUUUAAAAAAAAUCAAUCUACUCUGGCCACAUUAAACUUAUUAGAUUUUAUUCAAAACUCUGAAUUAUUAACAUUAACAUAUUAUUAUAUUGAGUGACUAUUAACUACUGUUCAGGUAUAAAUAAAUA